UCCAGCUUAAAACACUCUCUUUUUAUGGUCAAGUGUACCGAAAGCCCGACUCAUUCGCGAAUGAAACUCUCUGGGCUGGAAACUACAUAUUUCAGUUCGCCGUCAGUUGUUUAAUUGUUUGGUUGUGUCGCUAAGCGUCUCCGUCUCCACGACAACGCCAGCCCCAAGUAUCAACAAUUGUGUUGGCCAAUUUGAGGAGACAAUGAAAACCGAAUCAACGCGAAUUGACCGUUUUUGAGUUCUUUUGUUUCGUCGGACUUUGCAAACCCAUCCGAAGUGCAUCGGUGUGUGACUGAAAUCCAAGCUGAAAUUGAAAUCAAACCAAAGAUUCAUACAUAAUGGCUUCGGGUUUGGAGCGGGUAAACGAAAACGAAAUGAAAGCCAUGGAUGCCAAUCGCUAUGCCACCAAGAAGACGAUUGCCCAGGGUAUGCUGGAUAUAGCCCUGUUGACCGCCAACGCCUCCCAGCUGAAGUACAUCCUCCAAGUGGGCGAGCAGCACCAGUUCUACAAACUCAUGCUGAUCCUGAUCAGCCUAUCUAUAGUUCUGCAGGUGGCUGCUGGAGUUUUGCUGGUCAUUCAGUCCCUGAUCAAUAUGCAUCAUCCCAAGGACCGAAGUUUGGGCUUCACCAUCAAUCACUUUAUUGAUGUCUUCAUAUACCUGUCUGUGUUUUGCGACAUUAUGAAAAUGAAUUUUGGCUUCGAUCCGGCCGUUCCUCACAGCAGCGAUGAUGCGGAGCCCCUAAAGCCCUAAAUAUGAUUUCAGGGACCUACAAAUUUGGCAUCUACGAUCGGCGUAGCCCCAGAGUUUUAUUUUAUUAUUUCUUGUUGUGACUUGAAAAGUAGUAUUUGUAUUAAAAGUAUUCAAAAUUAA